ACACCUGAUAAGUGAAAAUGUUUCUGAGGGACGAAAGCUUUUAUGCUAGAACAGUGCUUUGCCCUAAUCACUAAGCCUCUACAUAGUAUUGGGGGCAACUGCCUCGACACGUACAGAACGUUCCUUUGGGGUAGAAUCCUGGGAGAAUCGUAAGAAUACUGUCAUAAUCGAGGCUUUCCUAGACGACCGUGAGCAGACUCACGAUUUAAACCCACAUUAAGAAGAAAUAUGCGAGAACAAAACGGAGAAAGGCGAACAUAAGAUGAAAGCGAGAGGAGGCAGGACUCCGAACACUACAGACCUCCGUAACUGCCAGCUUCGCGACCGCUAUUUCUCCGCCAUCUUCUACUGUGAUUUUCCUAACCGGCCACCUCGGCUACCGUCGUCGCUGCUCCAACGACGGCAAUAGCCGUUGAUUCUGGGCAGGCGCGAGCCAGCCACCUCACACGCGGACGCCACCGCUGCCGAGAAGAUGGCAGAAAGCGCCAUGGCGGACAAGUGUCGCGUGAAACUCUACUCCCUGAACCGAGAUCAACAAUGGGAUGACCUAGGCACCGGGCACAUCUCUUCGGCUUACGUGGAGCACCUCCAGAGCGUGUGUCUGCUAGUUCAGUCGGAUUCCAGUGAGGCGCUAAUCCUGGAGUCGAAGAUCAAUUCAAAUACGCCGUACCAGAGGCAACAGGAAACGCUGAUUGUUUGGUCAGAAGCGGAGGGCCACGGUAUGGCUUUAAGUUUCCAGGAUGCCGAAGGUUGUCAGCAGAUCUGGGAAGACAUUUGCCGAGUUCAAGGUAAAGAUCCGUCUGUCUGUAUCACACAAGACCUCUUAGAUGAAUCAGAUCAGUUUGAUGACAUACUCGAAACUGCUGAUGUGUUGUUUGACUUGCCUAGCUGUGAACUCGGUAAACUUGAAGAUAUUGAUGACUUUGUUUCCUCGAUUCUUGCUUUACCUUUCCCUAUCCAUAAGGAAAGACUGGCUCUGAUCUUAGAAAAUGGGAACUAUAUUAAAAAUUUGCUGCAGCUGUUCCACACUUGUGAAGACCAAGGGGACACUGAAGGUUUACACCAUUUGUAUGAAAUUAUUAAAGGCAUCUUAUUCCUUAACAAGACAUCUCUGUUUGAGAUCAUGUUUUCUGAUGAGUGUAUCAUGGAUGUGGUGGGAUGCCUCGAAUAUGACCCUGCAAUGGCUCAGCCGAAAAGGCAUAGGGAAUUCUUGACUCAACAUGCGAAGUUCAAGGAAGUUGUACCAAUAACGGACUGUGAACUUAUGCAAAAGAUACAUCAGACCUAUAGGGUACAGUACAUUCACGACAUCCUUAUGCCGAUACCAUCCAUGUUUGAAGAGAAUUUUCUUUCUACUCUUACAACUUUUAUUUUCCUCAACAAGGUCGAGAUAGUCCGCAUGCUGCACGAAGAUGACAAGUUUUUGUCUGAAGUUUUUGUGCAGCUAAGGAACGAGACUAUAGAUGAUGAUAAACAGCGCGAGUUGCUAUUUUUCUUCAGGGAAUUCUGUAAAUUUUCGCAGACAUUACAGCCUCCGAACAAGGAUGCCCUCUUCAAAACAUUGACGCAUUUGGGAAUUCUUCCUGUUCUGAAAACCGUGAUGAGCAGGAAGGAUUUGCAGAUACGAUCAGCUGCUACCGAUAUACUUACUUAUCUAGUAGAGUGUAGUCCAUCCAUGAUCCGAGAAUUUAUAAUGGAAGAAGCCCAGCAGAGUGUAGAUGGUAACCUUUUCAUUAACUUAAUAAGUGAGCAAAUGAUCUGUGACACUGAUCCUGAGCUGGGAGGUGCUAUUCAUUUAAUGGAACUUAUUCGUGCUCUAAUCCAUCCUGAAAAUAUGCUGUCAACACCUAGUAAAUGCGAAAGAAGUGAGUUUCUAUAUUUCUUCUACAAGCAUUGUAUACAGAACUUUAUAGCACCACUUUUUGCCAUCACUUCAGAAAAUAUAUGUGAAGGGGAUAAUGUAGUUGGAGCUGACAAAAACAGCCCCAAUAAUUAUCAAACAGCAGGGCUGCUUUCUUUAAUUUUGGAGCUGCUCACAUUUUGUGUGCAACAUCACACAUAUUACAUAAAAAACUAUAUUUUGAGCAAUGACUUGCUAAGAAGAGUCUUGAUCUUGAUGAGUUCAAAGCACACUUUCCUGACUCUGUCUGCUCUUCGCUUUAUGAGAGGGAUGAUUGGCCUUAAAGAUGAACUUUAUAAUUAUUACAUCAUCAAGGGAAAUCUUUUUGAGCCAGUUGUAAAUGCUUUUCUGAAAAACGGGACUCGGUACAAUAUGUUGAAUUCAGCUGUUAUUGAGCUGUUUGAAUAUAUAAGAGUGGAAAAUAUCAAAUCUCUUGUUAUACAUAUAGUUGAGAAGUUUUAUAAAACACUUGAAUCGAUUGAAUAUGUUCAGACAUUCAAAGGAUUGAAGAUCAGAUAUGACGAAGAAACAGAUCAACAAAAUCUAAUUCGGAAGAAUUUACAUUCUAUACUGUAUAGUCACAUACUCUGCAGAGGAAUCAGAGUCUUGGAGAAGAAGGAAAAAAUGUGUAUUAAAGAAGAUUCAAAGGAAGAAGAAGCAGUUAUGCCACCAUUGGAAGAUGAUUUUCCAGAUCCUUAUGACAAGGUUAUGGAGACUAAAAACCCAAAAGAAAAUGAAGACAAGGUAGAUCUUCCUAAAAGAACAUCUUCUGGGAGCUACAAAAUCAGUUCAUCCCCUUCUGCUGGUGAUGCUAAUGAAACGAGUAGCCAGAGCAGUAGCAGCACGGUUGGCUUAAAGAAUGAUCCAGAUGAUGAAGAAAAAGAUGAAGGAGAUGAAACAUCGCCCAAGAAGAAACCACAUCUUAGCUCGUAAAACCUGUAACAUUACUAAACUCUACUUUACUAAAAUUACUAAAUUCUACUUUACUAAGUUCUACAUUACUAAAAUUUUAUGAACAUCAAUUAGUGAAAAAUCUGAAUCCAAAAGCUUUCUCAUUUGAAGUUAAUAAAUACACAGUAAGAAGGAAAGAUGCUCAGUGUUAUCAUCUAGGAGGUUUUAGUUCUGUGAAAACCAAACUUCACAGAAUUAAAAAUAAUAAUAAUAAUAAUAAACUAACCAGAAUCUGAAUGAUAACUUCUUUGCAAGAAAAAUCUUGGUUUGGUGGGGGGAGGAAAUAGGUUGAUGAUAUAAUAUUAAUGCAAUUUUGUUCCAGGGGUAUGUUUUUAAAGCAACUAUUAACACUGCAGUUGCAAAGCUUCUAAUGUGACUUGUUCAAUGGUUCUGGUUUUCUUUGCCUCAGUAGCCUUUUUUGAAGUAAAAAGUUAGGUUUUAUGGAAAACAAAGACAACUGUAACAAAAAAAAUUAAGCUAUUCACAUUUCUGCAAAGAUUUAACACAAAAUCAGCCUCUGGGUAAUUGGAGGGAAGUAACUUGCAGUGUGUAGUUUUCAUGAAUAAAGAAGGAAGCUGGAUUCAAAAUCUGCAGUUGUUAAUUUAACUUUUUUUUUGGAGGGAAGUAACUUGCAGUGUGUAUUUUUCAUGAAUAAAAGAGAAAGCUGGAUUCAAAAUCUGCAGUUGUUAAUUUAACUUUUUUUUUGGAAGGAAGUAACUUGCAGUGUGUAGUUUUCAUGAAUAAAGAAGGAAGCUGGAUUCAAAAUCUGCAGUUGUUAAUUUAACUUUUUUUUUUGGAGGGAAGUAACUUGCAGGGUGUAUUUUUCAUGAAUAAAAGAGAAAGCUGGAUUCAAAAUCUGCAGUUGUUAAUUUAACUUUUUUUUUGGAAGGAAGUAACUUGCAGUGUGUAGUUUUCAUGAAUAAAGAAGGAAGCUGGAUUCAAAAUCUGCAGUUGUUAAUUUAACUUUUUUUUUUGGAGGGAAGUAACUUGCAGUGUGUAGUUUUCAUGAAUAAAGAAGAAAGCUGGAUUCAAAAUCUGCAGUUGUUAAUUUAACUUUUUUUUUUGGAGGGAAGUAACUUGCAGUGUGUAUUUUUCAUGAAUAAAAGAGAAAGCUGGAUUCAAAAUCUGCAGUUGUUAAUUUAACUUCUUUUUUUUGGAGGGAAGUAACUUGCAGUGUGUAGUUUUCAUGAAUAAAGAAGAAAGCUGGAUUCAAAAUCUGCAGUUGUUAAUUUAACUUUUUUUUUUGGAGGGAAGUAACUUGCAGUGUGUGUUUUUCAUGAAUAAAGAAGAAAGCUGGAUUCAAAAUCUGCAGUUGUUAAUUUAACUUUUUUUUUUGGAGGGAAGUAACUUGCAGUGUGUAGUUUUCAUGAAUAAAAGAGAAAGCUGGAUUCAAAAUCUGCAGUUGUUAAUUUAACUUUUUUUUUGGAGGGAAGUAACUUGCAGUGUGUAUUUUUCAUGAAUAAAAGAGAAAGCUGGAUUCAAAAUCUGCAGUUGUUAAUUUAACUUUUUUUUUUGGAGGGAAGUAACUUGCAGUGUGUAGUUUUCAUGAAUAAAGAAGGAAGCUGGAUUCAAAAUCUGCAGUUGUUAAUUUAACUUUUUUUUUUGGAGGGAAGUAACUUGCAGGGUGUAUUUUUCAUGAAUAAAAGAGAAAGCUGGAUUCAAAAUCUGCAGUUGUUAAUUUAACUUUUUUUUUGGAAGGAAGUAACUUGCAGUGUGUAGUUUUCAUGAAUAAAGAAGGAAGCUGGAUUCAAAAUCUGCAGUUGUUAAUUUAACUUUUUUUUUUGGAGGGAAGUAACUUGCAGUGUGUAGUUUUCAUGAAUAAAGAAGAAAGCUGGAUUCAAAAUCUGCAGUUGUUAAUUUAACUUUUUUUUUUGGAGGGAAGUAACUUGCAGUGUGUAUUUUUCAUGAAUAAAAGAGAAAGCUGGAUUCAAAAUCUGCAGUUGUUAAUUUAACUUCUUUUUUUUGGAGGGAAGUAACUUGCAGUGUGUAGUUUUCAUGAAUAAAGAAGAAAGCUGGAUUCAAAAUCUGCAGUUGUUAAUUUAACUUUUUUUUUUGGAGGGAAGUAACUUGCAGUGUGUGUUUUUCAUGAAUAAAGAAGAAAGCUGGAUUCAAAAUCUGCAGUUGUUAAUUUAACUUUUUUUUUUGGAGGGAAGUAACUUGCAGUGUGUAGUUUUCAUGAAUAAAAGAGAAAGCUGGAUUCAAAAUCUGCAGUUGUUAAUUUAACUUCUUUUUUUUUUGGAGGGAAGUAACUUGCAGUGUGUAGUUUUCAUGAAUAAAGAAGAAAGCUGGAUUCAAAAUCUGCAGUUGUUAAUUUAACUUUUUUUUUUGGAGGGAAGUAACUUGCAGUGUGUAGUUUUCAUGAAUAAAAGAGAAAGCUGGAUUCAAAAUCUGCAGUUGUUAAUUUAACUUCUUUUUUUUUGGAGGGAAGUAACUUGCAGUGUGUAGUUUUCAUGAAUAAAAGAGAAAGCUGGAUUCAAAAUCUGCAGUUGUUAAUUUAACUCUUUUUUUUUUGGAGGGAAGUAACUUGCAGUGUGUAGUUUUCAUGAAUAAAGAAGAAAGCUGGAUUCAAAAUCUGCAGUUGUUAAUUUAACUUUUUUUUUUGGAGGGAAGUAACUUGCAGUGUGUAUUUUUCAUGAAUAAAAGAGAAAGCUGGAUUCAAAAUCUGCAGUUGUUAAUUUAACUUCUUUUUUUUUGGAGGGAAGUAACUUGCAGUGUGUAGUUUUCAUGAAUAAAGAAGAAAGCUGGAUUCAAAAUCUGCAGUUGUUAAUUUAACUUUUUUUUUUUUUGGAGGGAAGUAACUUGCAGUGUGUGUUUUUCAUGAAUAAAAAAGAA